AUAGAACCUAGUUGUGAUGUUUGUAAAAUUAAAUUGCAAGUAUUAAUAUCUUUACUAAACAUGUUGAUGAUACUUCCCGUGUUAUUCGCAGCUGUUGAUGGCAGAUAUGAAAACGUGAACGUAAAACUGGAUUGGUGGGAAAAUGCGGUUUUUUAUCUGAUUUAUCCGAGAUCGUUUAUGGAUAGUGAUGGCGAUGGAAUUGGGGAUAUAAAUGGUAUCACAUCGAGACUUGAUUACUUAAAGGAUCUGGGCGUUGAUGCUGCAUGGUUAUCACCUAUCUACCGGUCUCCAAAUCAAGAUUUCGGUUUCGAUGUAACUGACUUCUACUCAAUUCAACCAGAGUACGGAACCAUGGAAGACUUCGAACAACUCCUCAAAAAGGCUAAUGAAUUAAACAUGAAAAUUGUGUUAGAACUCGUCCCAAACCAUACGAGUAAUGAGAGCGAAUGGUUUAUAAAAUCUUCGAACAAGGACGAAUAUUACCAUGAUUGGUUUAUUUGGGAAAACGGCCAUUUGGAUGCGCAAGGCAGGAGACGCCCCCCAAACAAUUGGAUCAGUGUUUUUAGAAAAAGCGCCUGGCAAUACUCGCCAAGCCGUGAUCAAUACUAUUUGCAUCAGUUCGGUGUCACCCAGCCGGAUUUAAACUUUAGAAAUCCCGUCGUUGAGGAAGAAAUAAAGAACAUCCUAAAAUAUUGGUUAGAGAAGGGAGUAGCUGGAUUUUCUAUGAAUUCCGUGAACUAUAUAUUUGAAGUUGACAAGGAUCUAUAUGGAGGAAUUUAUCCCGAUGAACCGGCAACUGGAAAACCAGGACUUGGGCCUGAUGAUUAUGACUAUUUAGAUCAUAUUUACACCAAAGACCAGGAAGAAAAUUAUGAUCUGAUUUCCCAAUUUCGCGAAGUAUUGGACGCAUUGACACUUAGAGAUAAUUUAACAAGGGUAUUGAUAACAGAAGCUUACACCGGCAUAAAGAAUGCAGUGAGGUAUUACGGUGAUGGCAUGCGCUCCGACGCUCACAUACCCUUCAAUUUCGCUCUCAUAGAAGACUUGAAUAAGGAAUCAGAUGCGAGAGACAUCAAAUAUGCGGUCGAUAGAUGGCUGACCUACAAACCGCUUCGGCAGCCAGCUAAUUGGGGGAUUGGAUCUCUCGAUAAAAGUCGAGUGGCAUCGCGUUUUAGGCCAAAAUUGGUUGACGCUUUCAACAUGCUUGUCCUAUUAUUACCUGGAAUCGCAAUCACUUACAUGGGCGAAGAAAUUGGUAUGACAAAUGGAUUCGUAACGUGGACUAAAACGAUGGAUCCUUUGGCCUGUAACACAGAUGAUCCGGUCAACUUUGUAAAGGUUUCCCGUGACCCAUACCGAACACCAUUUCAAUGGAGCAACGGAAAGAACGCAGGGUUCUCUAAUGGUGAGAAAACUUGGCUUCCAUUAGCUGAUGGAUACCAACAUAUAAACGUGGAAAAACAACGAUCAGCUGUCCGGUCCCAUUACCAAGUAUACCGAAGUUUGACAAAUUUGCGGUCUCGUCCUGCAUUCAGACUUGGAGGCUACCAAUCCUUGGCACUGACCAAAAACGUAUUUGCUUUUAAAAGGUGGUAUAACGAUGAUGCAUACGUUGUUGUAAUGAAUGUUGGAAAGAGUUAUCAAGUUGUUAAUUUGACCGCUUUCGACUUGAUUUUUGGACAGCUGGAAGUAGAAGUCAGCAGCGUUCAUUCUUCAAGAACUUUUAGUGACGAUAUCCAUGCGAAUUUCUUGGACCUGGCCGCAGAUGAAGCUUUAGUAUUAAGAAUGCAAGUGUAAAGCUACCGUUUCGGUUUCAUACUGUGAAAUAAAAAGUAAUAUUUAGUA